CCAUCUGCGCCACAGUCUCUGCCGAGAGUCGCCGCGGUUUCCUGCUUCAACAGUGCUUGGACGGAACCCGGCGCUCGACCACCCCCUCGCCCCGGACGGCCGCCCAGAGCCAGCCCUCCGCCAUUUCCUCACAGCGCCCUCGGAUCGCCCCAAGGCCCCCGCCGCCGCUCCAGCGCCGCCACCGCCCGCCACCGCCUCUCCUCAGCCGCCGCCAUGACGACCGCGUCCCCCUCGCAGGUGCGCCAGAACUACCACCAGGACUCGGAGGCCGCCAUCAACCGCCAGAUCAACCUGGAGCUCUACGCCUCCUACGUUUACCUGUCCAUGUCUUACUAUUUUGACCGUGAUGAUGUGGCUUUGAAGAACUUUGCCAAAUACUUCCUUCACCAAUCUCAUGAGGAGAGGGAACAUGCCGAAAAGCUGAUGAAACUGCAGAACCAACGAGGUGGCCGGAUCUUCCUCCAGGAUAUCAAGAAACCAGACCGUGAUGAUUGGGAGAAUGGGCUGAAUGCAAUGGAGUGUGCGUUACACUUGGAAAAGAGUGUGAAUCAGUCACUAUUGGAACUGCACAAGCUGGCCACUGACAAAAAUGACCCCCAUUUGUGCGACUUCAUCGAGACACAUUACCUGAAUGAGCAGGUGAAAUCCAUCAAAGAAUUGGGUGACCACGUAACCAACCUGCGCAAGAUGGGGGCCCCUGAAUCUGGCAUGGCAGAGUACCUCUUUGACAAGCACACCUUGGGAAACAGUGAUAACGAGAGCUAAGCCUUAGGCUGUCCUCCCGUGGGUGACUUCUCUGGUCACCGAGGCAGUGCAUGCAUGUUGGGGUUACCUUUCCCU